CCACUCCUUACGUCACUUCCGGAUGUAAUUGUACAGUGCAAGAGAAAAAAAAAAAUCUCGUAGCUGUGUAUUUAUUUAAUCCUGAUAGCAUCAUCUCUCAAAAAGACGUCAGUAUAUUUGAGUAAAACCAUCCAUGUCAAGACACAAAGAGGACUGUCGAAGUGUUGUGCUGCUUGUGCGUACAAAUCGGACCACAGCAGCCUUUCUGACAACGUACCGUGAAUUGAUCCAUCGGGCUCAGUGACUGUACUGUAAGACCUUGGCACCACUGUGUGCCAGUCUGAUCCAAGACCCGGGGACUUUAGAGUACAGAAGAUGAAUGGUCUGUCCAUACGAGAGCUAUGCUGCCUGUUCUGCUGCCCUCCUUGCCCCAGUCGCAUAGCAGCCAAAUUAGCUUUCCUCCCCCCAGAGCCCACAUACGCCCUCCUCCCUGACCCAGAUCCCGCGUCUGGAGCUGGAACUGCAUCGGGUUCCACUCCCGGAAGCACCCUCCCUUCUUUGGGAGCUCCCGGACUACGGUCGCGGUUGGGUGCCGGUAGCGGUGGGGACAGAGGAGGUGGUGGAGGCACCAGCGCUGGAGGAGGCGGUAGUUCUGGGGUCGGGAGUGGAUGUGAGAGCAGGUGGAAGCUGCAUCUCACGGAGAGAGCAGAAUUUCAGUAUUCCCAGAGAGAGCUGGAUGUGACCGACGUGUUCCUGACCAGGUCUACCCGAGGGAACAAGGUUGGGUGCAUGUACAUACGCUGUGCCCCUAAUGCUAGGUUCACCGUGUUGUUUUCACAUGGCAACGCAGUCGACCUGGGUCAGAUGAGCAGCUUCUACAUCGGCUUGGGCACGCGCAUCAACUGCAAUAUAUUCUCUUACGAUUACUCAGGCUACGGGGUCAGUACUGGCAAGCCUUCAGAGAAGAACCUUUACGCUGACAUAGAUGCCGCCUGGCAUGCCUUGCGCUCUCGGUACGGCAUCAGCCCUGAGAACAUCAUCUUAUACGGGCAAAGCAUCGGCACAGUGCCCACAGUGGACCUGGCGUCACGCUUCGAGUGUGCUGCCGUCGUGCUUCAUUCUCCUCUCACCUCCGGCAUGAGGGUGGCCUUCCCCGACACUAAGAAGACGUACUGCUUCGACGCCUUCCCCAACAUCGAGAAGGUGUCAAAGAUCCCGUCUCCAGUGCUCAUCAUCCACGGUACCGAGGACGAGGUGAUCGACUUCUCCCACGGCCUGGCCCUGUUUGAGCGCUGCCCAAAGGCCGUGGAGCCCCUCUGGGUGGAGGGCGCCGGUCACAACGACAUUGAGCUUUACAGUCAGUACCUCGAGAGGCUACGGCGCUUCAUCAACCAGGACCUGGCUGCACAGCACGCCUAAGAAUGGAACAACAGUCUCUCUUGCAGCUGCCAGGGGGUGUGUGUGUGUGAAUGUUUGAGAAAAGUGUGACUCAGACAUACACCAUCUGUGUGUCUUUUAAACAACUUGUUACUUUUUAAAACGAUUGCAUUCAAAUAACAGUCUGUGCAAGAUUUGAGCAUUUAAAAAAAAAAAAAAAAAAAAAAUGUCAUUGUGUAUUUAUCUGUUGUGUAGUGUUUUGGUAAUGUGGGGGGAGUUCUACUGAGCUUCACAUUUCAAGUAAAAACAAUUGAAAGCUUUCUUCUAACAAAAAAAAAGUAACAACUAUGUGUUUUGUUCCAAAAGGCACACAGAUGUCAUUGAAAAGUGAAUGAAUGAUUGUGCUCCAGGAUGUAAAAUCUUGGCUUAAUAUUCAUAUCACGAAUGUGUGAGAGGCAAAAAAAAUGAAGGACACCCUUGUGACUUGGCUAGUAGCGAGUGAGGGAAAUUUUUAGUGACUUAUCAAUGUGUGUUUUUUUUGGGUGUGUGUGUGUGUAUAUGUAUGAAGAAUACCUCCACAGUUUGACCAGCUUUUUAGUGGACUACAACACUGGUCAGACCUCAACUCAUCUGUCAGUGGACAUCCAACGGACUGCCAGCUAAUAACUCCUUUGAGAUUUCAUUUUGUCCUCCCACCACCACUACGAACUCCACUGUACAAAAACAAAAACUGGCCAUGUUUCCUGGCAGUACCGUAGCUUUUGCCUUUUUACUCCUCGCUGCUCCUCCUGACAGGGAUUUGUAAUUUGUCCCUGUGUUGCUUUUCUCCCACAAGCAAACGAGUUGGCUGGAGUGUUUGUGAAGCUGCGCGCGUGGAUGUUUUCGCAACCCUUCAUGUUCGUUUGCAAACAGUCAAAGGGGAGACAAGUUAACAUGGAUUGUGGACGGGAGCCACUAAAGGUGUGUCAUCGAGCGUUAAACUCAAGAGCUCAUCAUGCCCUUCAUGACAUGUUCAAACUCAGGACGACAGCGGAACCUCCAAAGUUGAACAGAAUCGUCAUUUCACAUUUGAUCACAACUUCAAUUUUCACAGGACUUUGGAGGUUCCACUGUGUUGGUGUCUGGGUCUACCCAUGUGAUUUUCAAAUGCCCUUGAGCCCGUCGACUCAUGGGGCCCACUACUUCCUGUCUGACCCAAGCCAUGCAUUACCUUCUUACUUUGUGUGGUGCAGGUUCCACCACACACACACACACACACGCACGCACACCUCUGCACAUCCAACACUCAUGUACUGUACGACAGUAUAUGUACACAUCUGUGAUAUAUGUGUCAGAUUAA